AUGGCUUUGACCUACCAGCUGGGAUGUCUGCUGGCUUGUCUGCAAUGUUUCUGGGGUCCCACUGGAGGUGGAAAGCUGCUGGUUAUUCCAACUGAUGGGAGCCACUGGCUGAGCAUGCAAAUUCUACUCAAGGAACUCCAUGGAAGAGGGCAUAAGAUUAUAGUGGUCUAUCCUGAAAACAACUUGCUGAUCACCCCCUCCUCCAACUACAGCAGCAAAACGUUUUCCAUUGCUUUCAGCAAAGCUGAGGUGGAAGAGUUGUACGAGAGCCUAACAGAGAUGGGUUUUUACAGUGGAACAUUCUACCAGAGGGUUCAUAAAACCUUGCAGCAUGUGAAUAAAGUCAGUCAGUUCUUCCACAGCAUCUGCGAGCACCUGCUGUUUAACACGGAGCUCAUGAAGGAGUUGGCGGAAGAGAAGUAUGACGCUUUACUGACUGACCCUUUUGUCCCCUGUGGCACUAUUAUUGCAGAGAACCUCUCACUGCCCACGGUCAACCUGCUGCGGGGGCUGCCUUGCGGCUUGGAUAAUUUAGCGACGCAAUGCCCCCGGCCACUCUCCUACGUGCCAAGGAUUUUGUCAGGGAACACCGAUCGGAUGACCUUCCGGCAAAGGAUGAAAAAUGUACUGCUCAGCUUACUGGAGCCGCUGUUGUGCUGGUUCAUAUAUUCACCUUUUGAAGAGCUGGCCCAGAGGUUCCUUCAGAGAGAUGUGACACUGGUCCAGCUGCUGAGUCAAACUUCCAUCUGGCUGAUGAGGCACGACUUCACGCUCGAGUAUCCGAGACCUCUGAUGCCAAAUAUGGUGCUGGUUGGAGGCAUUAACUGCAAGGACAGGAAACCCUUACCACAGGGUUUAGAAGAAUUUAUGAACAGUUCUGGAGAACAUGGAGCUGUGAUCUUCUCCUUAGGGUCAAUGGUGUCAGGCAUGCCAAUCGCAACAGCCAAUCUGGUUGCAGAAGCACUGGGUCAAAUUCCUCAGAAGGUCCUGUGGAGAUACGUUGGAGAAAAACCUUCGACGCUGGCAUCAAAUACCAAGCUGAUGAAAUGGCUGCCACAGAAUGAUCUACUGGAUUACUGCACCCUGCGAUUGUCAACUGAGCUAUCCAGCUCAGCAAAGGUUAAACAUAUUAACUGA